AUGUCUCGAUCACCAGGAAGAAAGCAGGAGAACCACAAAAUAAGCAGAGAACUUUUUGUACUCACAUAUGGGGCUUUGGUAGCCCAGCUGUGCAAGGAGUAUGAAAAAGAUGAAGAUGUCAAUGCCUGUUUAGAUAGAAUGGGAUACAGCAUCGGCAUAAGACUGAUUGAUGACUUUUUGGCUCGUUCAGCUGUGAAAAAGUGCCGUAGUUACUCUGAAACGGCACACAUGAUUGCACAGGUUGCUUUCAAGAUGUACCUUGGGGUCACCCCUAGUGUGAGCUGUAAUAGUGCCACAGGGAAUGAAUUCUCCUUAAUCCUGGACAAAAACCCACUAGUGGACUUUGUGGAGGAGCUGCCAGCGGAACGAGCGUCACUUUGCUAUUGUAACCUCCUCUGUGGGGUGAUUCGAGGUGCCUUGGAAAUGGUUCACUUGGCAGCAGAAGUUUCCUUCCUCCAGGACAGACUGAAGGGUGAUGCUGUGACAGAAAUAGGAAUUACAUUUUUAAGGAAGCCUGAAGACAGAAAGCACAGAAGGAACAAAUGAAAAGAAUAUUGGGAGAGAGCCUUGCUGGGGGAUAUUUUGUGCCUUUUGUUUCAGAAGAAGACAGGGUAAAAACGGCUUUGCUGAGUCAGCUGCACUAGUCAGCUGGUUGCAAGGUGAAGAGACCUGGGCAGCAAAGAGGAGGGGCAGGGCACAACAAU